AUGGAAUCAUUGACAUCUUUCAUUAAGGAAUCAAAGACUUUGAGCGUUGAGGAUGGAAAGGCAAAGCUCUCAAAUAUCAUAAAGGAACUGAACCUCCCCGAAGACUUUACCGCAAAGAUCAUCAAUGCCUUAUCAAGUGCAAUGGAUGCCUUAAAGGCAGGCGUCAACGCCAAGGUAGACUCAAGCCUCAAGUCACUCAAUGAUAUUCUGAAGGCUGGUACCAAGCAGGGCAACUUCAUGCUCCAUCAUUGCAUUGGAGCACUCUUGCUCGCAUUGUCCCAACAAAUGGGCUCUGGUGCAACCAAGCUCAAUGUAGUGUCAAUGGCAUCUGAGCAACUUCAGCUUGCCACCGCUGAUAAUGACAAGCACAUCGAGUCCAUUGUUCUUCUUCGCGAUGCAUACAGAUCACUGACUCAAUUGACAAAUGGCAAUCAACAAGGAUACUACUCUGGACGUUUGUCCGACUUUGAGAAGAUUGUCCAAGAUAUUGAGCAGGGCCGUGACUUCAAGCUGCCUCUGUCCUCAAACACAAAGAUUCUGCAAGCCUAUUCCCUCAAGGACAAAGGAGCCGAGAGCUUCAAGACUGGCGAUUACAAACAGGCCAUAUUCAACUACUACAGCGCCAAGAACUUUAUCAUGGGCCUCCAAGACCUGAACCAAGAGAAGACCAAUGAGACCAAGGCUCUCAAGCAUGUCCUUCUCAACAAUAUUGCCAUGUGUUUGAUGAAGCAACAAAAGUAUACGAAUGCAUUGAGAUCGUUGGAGGAAAUACUUCUGGAGGACGCGGACAAUGUCAAGGCUUUGUACCGCCGUGGUAAAUGCCAGAUUGUAUUGGAGAACUACUCAGAGGCUGAGACAGACCUGUUGAGAGCAAAGUCAUUGGCGCCCAACGACAAGGAGAUCCUCAACGAGUUGGCCAUUCUCGCUCAAAAGACCAAAUCACACAAUGCCAAGGAGUCCAAGGCCUACUCGAAGAUCUUUGAUUGA